AUGGCAUCCACCAAGGCUGCUCCUCUCCUUGCCCUCAGCCUCCUCCUCUUGGCCGUCGCCGCGGUGCAUGGCUGUGAGCCCCACUGCUCCGGCGGUCGGCCGGUCAUCCCGACGCCGCCCGUGGUGCCGACGCCGUCGUACCACCGCCAUGGCCGCUGCCCGAUCGACGCUCUGAAGCUGCGGGUGUGCGCCAACGUGCUGGGGUUGGUCGGCGUGAAGAUCGGGGCCGGCCCCGACGACUGCUGCCCGCUGCUCGACGGGCUCGUCGACCUCGACGCCGCCGUCUGCCUCUGCACCGCCAUCAAGGCCAACGUGCUGGGGCUCAACCUCAACGUCCCCGUCGAUCUCAGCCUCAUCCUCAACCACUGCGGCAAGAUCUGCCCAUCUGACUUCACAUGCUAGAUGAGCCGCGUGCAAUAACUGGAAGGAUAAAUGUUUUGUUUGCAUGCUUUGCCAUUUGCAGUUCGCUGUUCGCUAUAUAUUCAUAUUGCAUCAUCCUUGUUUUUAAUCACCUUGUAAUAAGUUCGCAACACCCGUUACAUAUUUUGUACUGAUAUUUAUUUAUUUAUAUUGUUAUAUCAACGUAAUGUUGUA